GUAGAACAUCUACUCGACUAUCUACGAGCUGGCGUUAUACGUCACACUCACUCAUCCGUAACGCUACGUUGGUUUAUGAAUUCUUUACAAGAACAGGAUCGGAGUGAAUUGCAGCAGAAAAACGAAUGGCGACCAACAGUUUGCCGGUUCUUGUUACAGAGGGGGCAGGAUUCACGGCAAGUCACGUGGUUAAAUUACUUCUGGAAGAAGGUUAUCGAGUUCGAACAACCGUUUCGGAUUUACAGCAAGAACUUCAGCUUCGCGCUUCCUGUCCUGAUGGUUACUCUGGUCUGGAGGUUAUGGAGGCUGGUUUGUUUCAAGACCAAAACUGGGACGGAGUGGUUAAGGGGUGUAGAUAUGUUAUCCACGAUGUAUCCACCAUACCCAUCCCAGAAUCUCUUGAAGAGGACUUCGUCCAGCUUCAUGUUGAGUGUAUAAGACGACUACUUCAGGCAUGCGCAGAUGACGGCCAUAUAAAAAGAGUCGUACUAACGAGCUCAGUCAGUGCCAUUCACGAUCAAAGUUCUCCAGAGCCACCAUUUACAGAUGAAGAAGAAAAAACAAAAAUAUACAGUGAAGCUGACUGGAGCCAUGCUGACUCGCCAGGUCUUCAGAUCUUUGCCAAAAUCAUCACGUUGGUCGAGAGAGCAGCGUGGGACUUCGUAAGAGAACUGCCAGGAGAGAAGAGACUAGAACUUGCAGUCAUUAAUCCAGGUCUGAUUCUAGGCCCUCUGAUAUGUGGCUUUCCUAGCAAGAGUUUAGAGAUCGUGCAAAAAUUAUUCGAUCGAACUAUACAACUAGUUCCCAAUAUAAAUAUCUGUGUUGCUGAUGUUCGAGAUGUUGCACAAGCUCACUUAAAGGUCAUGACCCUACCGUCUGCUGGCACACAUCGCCACAUCGUAUGCACUGAAUCUGUCUGGUGGACACGCAUUGCCAACAUUUUAGCUACAGAAUUCCGACCUUUAGGUUAUCGUAUCCCAACCGUUGAAGCUCCUUAUUUUCUUCUGUGGAUAAGCAGUUUUUUCAAUAAAUCCAACAACGGCAUUUUUCCGCGAAUUGGGAAAGAGUGUUUUUUCAACAAUAAAAGGGUGAGAAAAAUAU